AUGGCCGAGUCCAAGCAAACUUAUCCCGAGAAGGCUCUCGACGCGCAUCAUGAUGAGACUGUCUCGCCUGAGGCUUUGGCCUCUGAGGCAAAGGUCGCUGCUGAGGCCGAGCAUCAUAUGACUCUCUGGGAAGCUGUCAAAACAUACCCCAAGGCCAUCGGAUGGUCGGUUCUCCUGUCGUCUACCCUCAUCAUGGAAGGUUACGAUCUUGCUCUGCUGGGCAACUUAUACGCUUCUCCUGUCUUCAACCAGAAAUUUGGCACGUACAAUGCUGAAAAGGAGAAAUACGCUGUGUCGGCGGCUUGGCAGUCCGGGUUAUCCAAUGGAGCCCGCGCUGGCGAAAUUAUCGGUCUCAUUCUCGCUGGAUGGGCGUCCGACAGAUACGGCUACAAGAUGACCACCGUUGGAGCGCUGGUCCUCAUGAUCGCCUUUGUCUUCGUCCUCUUCUUCGCUCCCAACAUCAAGAUCCUCGUUCUGGGAGAAGUUCUCUGCGGUAUUCCCUGGGGUGCGUUCCAGAGUGUGACUCCUGCAUAUGCAUCCGAAGUAGCACCGGUUGUGCUCCGACCAUAUCUCACAACCUUCAUCAACAUGUGUUGGGUCAUUGGCCAGUUCUUUGCUGCUGCUGUCAACAAAGGCUCUGUUGGUCGCAACGACGAGUGGGCUUACCGCAUUCCUUUCGGUGUGCAGUGGGUUUGGCCCGUUCCCAUCCUGGCAGGUGUCAUUUUUGCGCCAGAAUCACCAUGGUGGCAUGUGCGAAAGGGUAACCGAGCUGCCGCCAAAAAGUCACUCCUCAGGUUGACAUCCCCGCAACAACCCAACUUCAACGCCGACGAGACCAUUGCCAUGAUCGAACAUACAAACGAGAUGGAAAAGAACUUGAAGGAGGGCACCAGCUACAGAGAUUGCUUCAAGGGUGUCGAUCUUCGUCGAACAGAGAUCGUUGUAGGUAUCUGGCUUGUGCAGACCCUCGGUGGUCAAAACCUCAUGGGUUACUUCUCCUACUUCCUCACACAAGCCGGGAUGGAUGCCAGUAACUCUUUCUCUCUGUCGAUGGCCCAAUACGCUCUCGGAAUGGUCGGUACCUUCGGUUCGUGGUUUUUGAUGGCCAAGGUCGGUCGACGAACGAUCCACUUCAGCGGCCUCUGCACCCAACUCAUCAUCCUUAUCAUCGUCGGCUCGCUGUCUUUCUCCAAGGACAACGGCUCGGUCUGGGCCAUCGGCGCCAUGCUCAUCGUCUUCACAUUCGUCUACGAUUUCACCGUCGGGCCUGUGACAUACUCCCUUAUUUCGGAGCUUUCCUCCACCCGACUCAAAGCCAAGACAAUCGUCAUGGCUCGCUCUGCGUACAACGCCAGCAAUAUCUUCGUCAACGUCAUGACAAACUACCAACUGUCCUCCACGGCUUGGAACUGGGGAGCUCGCACAGCGUACUUCUGGGCCGGGACUUGUCUUUUCUCUGCCGUCUGGGUGUUCUUUAGACUUCCCGAGCCCAAGGACCGUACUUACGCUGAGUUGGAUGUUCUGUUUGAGAAGCGAGUGUCGGCUAGGAAGUUUGCCACGACUCAGAUCGAUCCUUAUUCUCACUCCGCUGCUGCUGAUACCAAGUUGAACGAGAAGGAGAUGCAGUAG